GGUGGUGUGGAAAUUAUAACAUGGUGGCUAUUCAUGGCUAGCUAAGGCGUCUUUGAUGUAAAGUUAGCAUCUCUCCAUUCCUCUCAAACCUCCCGAUCACAAGCCCAGAAGCUCGGCCCUGCAGUAGUCAGUAUUCCCCGCGGUCCCUGAAGCUAUGGCAGGCUCCAACUCGCAGCAAAGUCUCAACAAAAUAUGGGAGCUUACAAUGUACGAGUUGCAUCGCACGCCUCAUGACAUGGUGGCUGACACCUCUGCCAUAGCCGUGUCCCCGAGGGCCCUCCACUCUGAGCUCAUGUGCCCCAUCUGCCUGGACCUCAUGUCCAACACACAAACCACAAAAGAGUGUCUGCACAGAUUUUGCCAGGAGUGCAUCAUAACCGCACUGCGCAGUGGCAAUAAGGAGUGCCCAACUUGUCGCAAGAAACUAGUCUCCAAGCGAUCACUGCGACCUGACCCUAACUUUGAUGCUCUCAUUGCUAAGAUUUAUCCAGAGAGAGAAGAGUUAAAUGUACAGCAACAGGAGAAGUCAACUCCACGCAGGAUGCUGCAGCUCCACCAGAGGAAGCAUACGACUCCACCCCCUGAUGAUAAUAAUGAUGAUGACGAUGAGACACAACCACCUCCUGACAAGAGGAUCCGUCAAGAGUCUCCGUGCAGCGAACCCUCCACUCCCCCCUCAAUACACAACGAAUCUCUAGAUAGUGACGUACUGGAGAGAGAGGUGGAGCUUCAGUUGAGACCACACCCCUCACAUCCUGCUGCACUGGACCAUGCUAUUCGUAACCUGGUCACCUCUCCCCUGUGCACUGUGUCUCACCUGGCCAAGUACCUCUCCCUCUACCCCAUGCUGGACACAGACGUGCAGAGAAACAAAGGCUCAGCUGUGCGGUCACUAUCGUACACAGCUAUUGAGGAGGAGGUGGGCGAUGGGCGUGGUCAGUACUCGCUGUAUGUAGGGUGUGAGGAGGGAGACUAUAGUCACCUGGCUAGGGGAACAUCCCUCAAGCAAAUCAUGGACUUGCACUGGACUCCUGGGGACAAACUGAAGCUGUAUUUCACGAAAGAGGUGGAGCUGUGAAGUCAAUGACAACUGUAUUAUCUCUCAUUCUAUUAUUAGCUUCAAGAUUAUCAUAAUUAUUAUUAUUCAAAUUUUCAGCUUCCAUCCAGUGAAUUUUCAGAAUUAUGUCUUUGAUUUGUAGAUAAUAUUAUAUAUAGUUAUUAUUUGUGGAGUUCACUGCUUCUGUGUCUAAAGUUUGAGUGUACACUGAAAAACAUCAAAUUCUUGUAUUAUGUAACAAA